AUGGGCACCUGUUCAAGUUAAACAAAAUAGAACUAAAAAAAUGUUCAAUCAAAUUAAAUUUAGAAUGAACUUGAAACAAACCUUAAUUCUGGCUAAAAGCAACCGGUUUCCUUAAAAUAAGAAGAGAUAUUUUAAGACCCAAAAUAGUAGAUUUAAGAAGUUUAAAAAGAGGAGGAAAAAAAAGAAAAUGAUAGUAGCAAAGAGCACUUAAUUACAGAUGAGAAGGCAAUAAAAUCGUAUCUCUUAAGGGAGGAAAUUUCUGAGUUAGUUUUAUAAAAAGAAUACUAUAUGAGUUCCGAAAUUCAGCAUAAAAUAAAAUUUAAAGAUAAAUCACAAAUAGUAUCUGUUAUAAAUUAACUUUUCUUAUGGUUGAGUAUGAAUUGAUUUGACAUUAUUAGUUUAAAGGCAUUAGAAGAACCAAUUUAUCAGCUAGACAAGAAAUACCCUAGUGAGAUUCUAAAUAAUUUCUAACAAUUUUUAUAGCUUUCUUUGAAGGAUCUUUUUGAGUAUAAUAUAAAUCUAUUGAAAAAUGACUAAAUUUUGCAAAAAGGCCUUGAAUUAUGUUGUCGAACUUAUCAUAUAUUAUAAAAUUUAGGAAAAAAAGCAAAGACUUAGAAAAUAUAUAAAGAAGUUGUAUAGGAUGAAGAAAAGAUUAUUAGUGAAGAGUUAAAAAAAUAAUAUUUAAAAGUUCAAAGUGAAAUAAAACUGGAAAUAAUUCAAACAUUUUCAAAUAAGAAUGAUAUUUAAAAAACUUAACAAUAAUAAAAUAAUCCUUUAGUUUUGAUGAAGUUUAAUACAAAACAUGCAAUUACUUUAGCAAAAUAAUAGACAUUAAAAUAAUAAGUUGAAGAGGAUGAAGAAAGUUAAUUGCUUUAAUCACUUUAAGAUGCCUUAGAUUAUGAUAUAUAGAAUAGCAAAUAUGAUACAAGUAAUAUGAAACCAAAAAAAAAGUAUAAUUGA